AUGUCUACAGCGAAUACUGCUCUCUUCUCUCCCGACGAUGAGCAAGACCUUCUCCGCUCUGGCCUGCUUACUCCGUCGAUCGGUGGAGUACGAAGAAUCCAUAAGAGACGCCUUAACAGGUCCACGACACUCCAAUACCUCGGUUUCGAUGAUGAGGCAGCGAAGAAGAUUUGGGACGAAUGGACAAACUGGCCUGCAGGACCAAUCUUGCGAGAGAUAGACGACGACGGUGAUUGCGGCCGACUAGCUAUGACGUUCAUCGAUUUUGCAACAGGCCGCGCGCGAGAAGAUAUCGAUACUUAUGACGAAGAAGAUCAGUCUUGGUUCGAAUAUAUGUCUCGUUGCGGCAUUGCUCAAAGUCUUCAACAAGCAAUCAUGGAUCCUGUCUUUAAGAAGAUUCGAUUAUCCAACACGUGCAUGUACUGGGUUCGCGACACUAUGGAGCUACGAUAUGAAGGACUUGAAGAGAUCCGCACAGCUUCUUGGGAACGACAAUUGGCUAUCCAACGCUCGCGGCCCGAAUCCGGCUCUCGUGGACCAGGGACGCAGGAAAAAUCACGGAGUGGCACCGACACUUCACAAGGUGCCAGCUCCAUUUCUGCCUCACAAACAAGCAAGCCCGGCAUUUCUCCAAUGACUGCCAUGUCUGAUGGGGCCAUUGCAUCAACGAAUGCACCAGGUUUUGCAGUUCUCUUUGAAGGUAUUAGCCAAUGUCGCGUGGAGGGCCUUCUUGAUGAUGACGGGAACCUUGCAAAACUCCAUAGACUGAUUACACGACCAUCUACCGACUUUCUUGGUAGAGAAUCAGGUUACUGCUUCACUACUGAGAGGGAAUUUGCGGUCUAUUAUGCCUGCUAUGCAAAACGGCGCGACCCGACUGGGUUGGCUGUCAUCAUCUGUGUCAAGGUGCCUAACUCAGCCAUCGAAUCCCUUUCUUCGGCACAGCUUCCAAAGACCUAUUGGCCCAGUGAAGAGUGGCGGCGGCUGGUAUUUACCUCAAAAAACUAG